UAUAAAUGUCAAUCUGAAGGCUAAAGAAUCAUGGGAAUUAUAUGAUAAAUGCAGCGGAGGAAAACUUGCAGAUGUGCUUUUAAACUGUCUUUUUCUUUUUCAUGCAAUAUAUGAUAUCAGGUCCGUUCCGUAUUUAUUUUCAUUAGAUCAAGUGGGUGAAUUGGACAGGAUUUAUAACGCUGCCAAACAAAUUUUGGCUCAAACAAGAUUGAGCAGUUUAAAGAGAAAAUUACCAAAAUCAGUUUUGAAAAUGUAUGGACAGAGAAUACGAUCCAAUAAAGAAACAAGUUCGGUUUUUGCGCACAGAAUCUUAUUCUCCACAUCAAAGGCUCUGAAUACUGAGGAAAUUCAUGAUGAGAAGAAAUAUGUCGAGAAAUUUACAAGGAAGGUGGAGAAACUCAUUAGUAAAAUCACACUGCGCGAUUUCGACAUAUUUGAAAUGCAAAAUCUUGUCGAUUUCGAUUUAACUGGAAAAAUUGAUUUUGCUCUUUUUAAAAAGAUAUGUAAUGUUUUGCCCGAAGUAGAGGCAUUAGCUGACCCUCGUGCUGCUGAUGAGUUUUUAAAAGUUUUGAAACACAUUGCAUGUAGUUACAACGAUUGGAAUGCAAUAAUGGCCUACUUUUUUGGCGCAUUCCGAGAAUUAAAUGGUAGUAAUAAGACUUUCAAGCGCCUUUAUCAGAAUUUCGAAGAAGAUAUGAAAAAUUUUCUCAACUUAAUUGAGGACCACGCACAACUUCAUACGAAUCAAGUUAAAUUGAAAAAAGCGGUUGAUGAGUGUGCGUGGCUUUUAAUGAUGUCACCUGUUGAUACAGUGAUAUCAUUCUUUCUACAAUGUUUGGAGAAUAUAUUAAUAGUACCAAAUUUUAUCAGAGUUUUGCGUAAACUGCCGGCAUACUCUAACAUUGAAUUCGAAGCAGUGUUUGAGAAGGACAAAAGGAGUAAACGUAUAACACCAGUCUUGAUGUUUGCAUUGAGAGUUAUUUUGACUAUCGAGCGGUCAUCUAUACAAUUUGAUGCAAAACGUCGGAAUUUCGUUUACAUAUGUGUAGCACUGUGUCGUGAACGUCAUGCAUUAUUAAAGGAUGGGAAGGACGAAACAGAAAAUGAAGGAAAUGUAAAGGCAGAAGCUUCUACUGCACUGUUUGAUGGCAUCGUAGAUUUUGCUCUUAUAGACGGUUCUGUUAUUCUGGAUCAUAUUGUUUUGCCGUUACUGAAACAAGUGCAUUACCAAGAAAUUGCACUGGAAAUUGAAAGGAAAUUAUUGACAUCUUUUGGUGUACGACGUACUCCGAUAAUCUGGAAAGCUGAACAGAGUAUAAAAUUGGGCGAAAGUGAAGCUGCAGUCAAGAGCAGUUCUGGAGUGUCCAUUUUGCGGUUAAUUUCGAUUUUACUAGAUAUAAUAAAUGAAAAUAAAGACUUCGACAAUUAUGCGCUUGUCGAUUCUUGCUAUGAUUGCUUACGGUUAUUGGGUGAACGGCUUAAAGAAGAUGGAGUGAUUAUCGAGACAAAUGCAUUUAACAGUUUGCUCACUUGUUUUGAUAAGUCGUUAUGGGUUUACAAAUAUGCAGUAGCUUCCUGGUUUUACAAAAGCCUGGCAUCGUAUGAGAGGGAAAUCCCACUGUUGCUUUACGAGGCCUUGAAGGAAGAAAAGAGACAAACAUUGAAAGCGAUGAAAAUUAGUAUGGAUAACGGUGAUAUUUCUGGUCGCAGUCUCCUACGAAGACUUUUUGAAUUGGGAGCUGUUCAUCCUGAGCUGGCGUUGGAUAUAUUGAAAGAUGGGUUUUCAACAUGGAUAAAUAUUGCUGGACAUGACAUAUCUGGUGCACUUGUUGAUGUUAUCCGAAGUCAUUACAAAUUUCCGAGUAACAAAAUAGGUGGCUUAGUAGAAGUUAUUAAAGCAAUCGCUAAUCAGAUCGAUCUGUCUCGCCAAAUAGUACCUUUGCUUACAGAGAUUUCGGAGAGUUCAUUUUACGGACUUCGACUAAUUGAACCAUUGCUAUUGAUUCAGGAAGCUGUGAUUUGCGCAAUACAUUAUGAUAAGAGAAGUAUGGAAGACUUGACUGCAGUGCCGUUUCAUGUUUUGGAAAUCGAAAAUCAGGUGGCAGUGAAAUUGUUGAAAUUAUUUUGCGAACUUGCAAAAGAUCAUAUACAGAAGGAAAUGAUCGAUUUGCGUAGAUGCUACAUAAUGCACAAAGUUGAAAUUAAAGAACCAAAACCGAACCUAAGUGAUGUGAAUAUUAAUCGUGAAAUACGUGUUGAAACAGAAUUGAUCCAACUUUAUUUUGCGGCGGUUGUUCUCUCAAAUCAUAUUAUCGGGUUGCCGCAUUAUUUGAAAAUAUUGUUGGUACAAUUGACUAAUUUCCACAUUGAAAUGGGAAGGAUGAAACUUGGUUCAACCUUUGAUGAAAUUAUCAAUAAAGCUUUAUUGAAUCAAGAUGUAAAGGAGAAUACGGUAAAUAAUAAGCAGCCUUUUGAGAAGUUUUCUGGUUUUCCUGAUUUUAACCAAGGAUUGGCUUCAACAGAGAUGAGUGAGAUGAGUUAUUUGUCUUUGCCGACUUUCACCGUUUCAAACACUGAAUGCGAAACAAACAGAAGAAUCGAUCUUACAAGUGCAAGCAUUGAAGCAACUCGAGAUCCAUUUAGUGAUCGCCUUGCCGAGAUGUCUGAGCAGAAUGCAAUCUUUAUGGCCGGUACACGAAUGAUAAAAGACCGGACAAUGUCAACGAUAAUAGAAAACCAUUUUCGUAACAACAAAGGAAACAAUAUGUGGAAAUCAGCUGUCGGGCCAAGGCCAAGACGUGGAGCUUUACCACUAUUUUCGGUAGAACAUGAUCAUAUACAUGAUGGUGGGCAUGAAGAGCGUCAGCUUGACGAUCGAGGUGGUGCUGAAGAUAGUGCGAAUUGUAGAUGGAACAAUAAUAGUGACAUUAAUAACGGUGGUUUUCGUCGCAAAAAUAAAAAACGCAAAUGA